AUGGAGGACAAGGACUCUUCUCAGGACGCGGCAAAGCCUGCAGUGCAUCACAGCCCUAAGCCUCAAUACGCGUUUCAAGUGCAUGACCGGUCCAUGGCGCCGACAGCCUCGUCCACGUCCAACGGUGUAAUCAAGGCCAAGCGAAGACGAACGAGUCCACAAGAUCACGCCAUCCUUGAAGCGGCAUACCAGAAGAAUUCCAAGCCGGACAAGGCAGAGAGAGCACUCAUUGUCAGCCAGGUUGAGCUGGGUGAGAAGGAAGUACAGAUCUGGUUCCAAAAUCGUCGUCAGAAUGAUCGUCGUCGAUCCAAACCCUUGCAGCCUCACGAGCUCGUUGCCCACAUUCGCAACAGCACCUCUAGUCCUCUCCCACCGCAAGUCACCUCAUCGCCGGGCUCAGGAAACACCAAUACUAGUAGUCCCAUCCCUUCGGUUGCGCCAAAUUCGUUUCUUGCACCCCCUGAAACAAUUGAUCGGCCUGCUUCGCGAGCCUCGAGCAUUCAUGAUUUACUCAACCCAACCUCUUCGGGCGAGACCACCGGUAGCCAAGCUGCGGUUACACAGAGCACACAACAGACAUCAGCUCAAUGCACACCACCUUCAAGUCUGGAAAGUUCAGUCGCUUCAAUAGCGCGAAAGGCAACUCCUCCCAUUGUGGACGCACCGGUGCUCGAGGGUAUUGAGAAAGCGGCCGAGAGUGGCAGUGAGCAUGGCAGCGCUAGGAAACGAGAUCAUGACGAGAUGCUGGGAGAGAAGGCCUCAGAACAGGUCGACAGCCAGCCGUCCGCUCGAGUCAAGGAACCCUUGCGGAGAACAUCCAGUAUGGUGCGAUUGUCCAUGACGGUGGAUGGAGCUGUGAAGAUUCGGACCGACAAUGAGCCCACGCCAUCACCUGAGAAGCCGCGCGCGCUGCCUCCACAUCCAGCAUCGCUGCAGAACAAAGUGAAGGCGCCAAUGUUUCGGAGCAAGAGUGCCGUGAACAGUCUUGAUGCAUCGUCUGAGGCGGGUGGAAAGACACAGUUCCGUGGAGUGGGUGCUGGGUUUGGUCGGUCGCGUGAUGCCAGAACCUGGGAGUUCUACUGUGACAGCAACUCAAACGAUGCUCUUUCGACUCAGGCAGAAGCUGAGACGGCUGGGUCUGCUCUUAGUGCCAUCAACCUUAUCCGAACCAACAGUUUCAAGUCACGGUCUCCAGCGCUCAGUCCUUCGGUCUCCAAGGCCAACAAACGACUCACUCCAAGUGGAAAAGGUGGCAAGCCAAAGAUCUCCCGGGCGAAGUCUUCUUUGGGCCGUUUGCAGGGCUCAGAGAAUGCUGUCAAGUCGUCAAAGGGCGAAGCAAAGCGGUCUGGUCGUGAUCGAGCUGACUCUGGAGAUUCGGACAAGGAGAACUGGGCACCAGGUACUCAACUCUCCGAGCAUCCACUCCGCAGAACUCAACCGAGCACAAACCAGCGACCGAUUCUCCAAGAGAACGAGGACAUGACAUUUCCGGAUGCCAGCUCUUCCCGAAAGCUGCGUGACAGUAAGGCGAACUUGAAUAACAACAGUGCCUCCCCCACCAAAGUGAAAGCCAAGGGUGAAGAGCUUGAUUGUGUCCAGGGUCUGCUUUCACUCAGUCAAGGAGCGUGGAAAUGA